AAGGUGUUGGAUAGAAAUGAUUAAAAUAGUAAAAGACUAAUAGUAGAAUAGCAGAAUAGGAGAAUAGGAGAAUAGCAGAAUGGGAGAAUAGUAGAAUAGCAGAAUAGUAGAAUAGUAGAAUAGUAGAAUAGCAGAAUAGCAGAAUAGCAGAAUAGGAGAAUAGUAGAAUAGUAGAAUAGCAGAAUAGGAGCAUAGUAGAAUAGUAGAAUAGCAGAAUUGCAGAAUAGUACACUGUAUAAGAUAAAGUGUCUACUUUACACAUUAGGAUCAAUAAUGCAGUCUGGUCUGGUUCUCUAAAGGGUCUGUGGUGCAUAUGUGUCAGAUCCAUCAACUCGUUGCUCUGAUCUAUCUGAUGGCAAUUUUGUUUUUGGAAGUUUUCUCCGUAUCUAUUUUGGUUAUAGUAGAAUAGCAGAAUAGUAGAGUAGCAGAAUAGGAGUAUAGUAGAAUAGCAGUUAUGUGGGAAUAGCAAUAUUGUAGGAUAUUUUUAAAACAUAUUAUUGCGCUGUACUGUGAUCAGUGUGUAUUGUAUCUGUUGCUGUAUGACAGCGACCUUAUGGUUUUUAUGUUAUGAUUGGCUUUUAGGAAAGAAAUGGCGAAAUGAUGGCUUUUUGUAUUGUGUAACUUAUAAAUUCGUUCUUUUCUGUAUACUUCUAGGCAUGCACUAACUUGAAGAUACUGCUUAUUUCAUAUCUGCUUUUAAACUCUUAAACAUGAUGUGAUUUGCCGGAUACUAAAUAACGUUCAUGACAACGAAUCUGGACUUGAGGAUAAGAUGUGAUGAUUUUUUAUCCAAUUUUGCUAGGAAUCCGUCUACUCCAGUUUUUGUAAAGUAUAAUUGGUGCAGCACUUGUCAAGCAGUUUUAGAGUUAAUGCGUGCCAAGUAGUUGGAAGAACUGCCGAUACUUGCAUAUAUUUCGCGCGUACUUACCAGGUUACCUGCCAAAUACUUAAUGAAGUACUUAUCUAGUACUUAGACUUGUUAACUUACUUGCUAAGUACCCUUCUUACUUGCAAAAAACUGCAGGUACUCUGGACAUUACUUAUCCAAGUAUUUUUCUAGGUAUUUGUUCUCAAGUACAUUGACUAGCGCUUUAACCAACAUUCUUAUGAAAUCUUGUCAGAUUUCAUAUGCUCUUGUAAGGUCUUGUGGUGUCUUGUAAUACGAAUUACAAGAUCAUAUUUCAAGAUUCUUUACCCUGAAAAGCUACAUAUUCCUUAUAUGUCAAAUUAAAGCUUAUUUUAAUCGGACCUCAGUGGCAUAGCCUUUUGUGAUAAAAAAAGUAAAAACUAUUUUCAAAAGAUAGGCUUUUGAAAAGGUCCGUCGAAAAUCCGUUCAGUGUUUCAAAAUUUCCAUUAGCAAUGAAAAAAAUUCCAGAAAUCCCAAAAAUUCCAGUUUUUAGACGACACUGAACACUACUUAUCUAUCUGAGAAAACAAAUACAUUGCUAUUUUAAACUCCGAACGGAUUUUCCACAGACCAUUUCAAAACAAUACCUUCUAAAAAGAGCCUUUACUUUCUUUAUCCCAAAACACUAUGGCAUUGAGGUCCAUUUAAAAUAAGCUUUAAUUUGAUAUAUAACAACUAAUUGCACUUCUGGUGGUUUAGGCUGUAGCCCGUGGAAAACACUAUUCUACUAUUCUAAAAUUCUACUAUUCUACUAUUCUGCUAUUCUACUAUUCUGCUAUUCUACUAUGCUACUAUUCUAAAAUUCUACUAUUCUACUAUUCUGCUAUUCUACUAUUCUCCCAUUCUGCUAUUCUCCUAUUCUCCUAUUCUGCUAUUCUACUAUUAGUCUUUUACUAUUUUAAUCAUUUCUAUCCAACACCUUAAUUCAUAAUAUAACAAAGUAAUGCAAAUUAUGCACUACUAAUAUGCCUUAAAAUGUUCUUCUAUUCUACUUUGCAUCCUACAAUUCUAACUGCCAAACCGAAUAGUAAACCAAGCGAAAAUUUCUAUCUAACGGAAAUUCGCCCAGCUCUGAAAAUUUCAUAGUCGUAGUCCUACGGGUUAAUAAGAGUCAGGCACGAUGAUUAAGAAACAAUAUGUGAGGGCACCAAGGACACUAGAAAAAUUUGAUUGAUCUUCCAACAUUUUCUUUUUUUAUAAUUUAGGAUUUUGUCACGGGCCCAUACAGAGAAAUGCAUUAAGAAAUUUCUUGAAACUUCCGGAGGUCCAACAAGAUAUCACCGAGCUAGCAACAAAACCAUCAACAUAUCCCAUCAUGCUUGACAUUCACGACGGAGAGUUUGCUCGGACGCAUCCGGUUUUUAAGACCCGAGAUCUUCUUAAAAUUGAACUCAAUUCAGACGGUCUGAAUAUAACAAAUGCAAUAUCAAAUCAUAUUCACAAAACAUUUUUAUUCUAUUGGUCUCUACUAAACCUACGCCGUGACCCUCGUUCAUUACAAGCUUCCAAAAGGCUGGUGGUAGCCUGUCCCGAAGAUGACUUAACAGCCAACGUUUUGCAACAAAUAACUAGUAAGCUAAAAUUUGCAGACUUUGUCCGCUGUUUACAACAAAUGGCUAAAGAUGGUGUUGAUGUUGUUAUUAAUGGUGCUAGAAAAAUUUAUCAAGUGGCAUUGUUUUUCACGUCGGGAGAUUACCCAGCACAACAAACACUACAUGGAAGAAAAGAAUCAGUAUCAGCGUUGAAGUUUUGUCCGUGCUGCAAUGUCACGAACGAUGAUUAUAAAGACAACAUUGAUCAAUUACCGGCACAUUACACAAAUCUGGAUUACGAACAAGCGUGCAAAUUUAUUGAAGAGUGUGUAAGAAAUGGGGAUGAAAACACAACAGCAAUAUGGAGAAAAUUCUAUGGAAUUAAUAAUCGUAGUAUAUUUGCCGAAUUACCCAAUUUCGAUGUUACGCUACAAGUGUUACUUGAUCCGAUGCAUAUUUUACUCCAAGGUGUUUGUAAAUAUCAUUUGAACGCGUUUCUGCAACAUUGUGUCGAUGCAAAUCGUUUUACAAUGGCACAAUUCUGUUUAGUUAUUAAUGAAUUUUCGUUUGAUGUGAGUGAAAACUUGUCAAAACCAUGUUUAAACAUGAGGAUAGAAGAAUUAAGAAAUUCAACGACAGGAUUACCCCUUGAUGCAAUGCAAACUUACCAUUUAUCGAUGAACUUGCCAUUUAUUUUGCGUAAAUUAUUGAAAAAUUCCACAUUUCCAGCUUAUGAUGCAAUAUUACUUUUAGUCGAUAUUGUUAAUUUGAUAUGGGCAUCAGAAGCAGAUGAUCAAACAGUGUUACAAUUGCAAAAAUCUACUUUACUUCAUAAUAAAUUAUAUAAACAAUUAUAUCCAGAUAAAUUAAAACAAAAGUUUCAUUUUUUAUUACAUCUGCCAAGACAAAUGAAAUUAUUUGGACCACAUCGAUUUAUAACAACAUUAGCGUCGGAACGAAAACAUCAAUAUUUUAAAGGUCAAAAAAUGCACUAUUUUAAAAACGCACCACUUACAUUAACAAAACGUUUACAGGCAUGGGAAUCUGUUAAAGAUUACAACAGUGAUGGAACAUUACCAACAAAUAUUUUUAAACAUGAAACUGUUCUUCAUCAUGUGGAAACAUUAACUGAUGACCUACGUAUAAAUGUUGAUAAGUGGACGUUACCAGCUAUGCCAACUCAUACUGCAACACGGAUAAAAUAUAAUUCAAUAUCAUAUUCAGUUGGUACUGUUAUUUGCGCUUCUCAAAAUUAUUUAGAAGAAAAUCCAAUAUUUCUACAAAUAAUGAACAUCUUUAUUAUCAAACAACGACCAUAUUUCGCGUGUACACAAUUGAACAUCAUUCGUUUUGAUGAAAAUGUUAGAAGCUCUGAAGUGAAAAUAAGUAACGACCACGGUUCUGUUACACCUGAUUUUCUCAGAAAUGUAUGGCCGCUAAAAUUAGUUAAUAUAGACAAUGUGUAUUAUGUUGACUUUCGUCCACAUGGACGAACUUUUACACAACUGUUAUGCAUAAUCAUGGUGUGCAGUAUAUUCUAUGAAGAUUUUAAAGCCAAUAAUAUUGAUAUUUUUGGAGUUUGUCCUGCGUGCAGAGAAAAAGUUGCUAUUCAUACGCAUGAUCCUUUCACGAUGUCACAACUAACUGCUACCACGAUAACUGCGUCACCAAAACAAACAACAAAUCUAACAAAUUUCAAUUCUCGAACCCCAUCACCAACAAGAUAUACAAGCACGAUAGAUGAGAAUACGUGUUCACUUACAAACACUCUUAGAUUAUCACCACGUGAAACACCGACAAGUUCAAGAUUGACAAAUGAUAAUGGUUUUCUACACGGGAAAUCACCAGGUAGCAGUACUAUUGAUCACAUAUUUAAACAAAUAAAUGAAAAUAUUGAAGAGCAAACAAUCUUGUUAAAUAAUGCAGAUGCAAUUAAUUUAAUUUUACGAGAACUUGAUGAUAAUAGGCAACGGGAAAAACAAAACGAUCCGUUACGAAAUAGUGACCCUGUGAUCUUGUUCUCCACUGAUUCUGCAUCUAGUGAAAAUCUAGAUAGUAAUAACAUUUGUAAUAAUGUUACGACGUUCGAUACCAGUGCAACGGAAGUUAAAGAAUUCAUACAACGUUGUGGCAAAGAUUCGAGUUUUGAAAUUGUAUCAGAGCAAAAUUCAAAAGUUGAUGACAGUUCAUUAGUACCACCUCCAUUAACCUCCACUACCCGUUGCUUAUUGGCCGAACAAAAUACUCCAUAUUCAUCAUUUAAGUUUGCAUCAUCUAUGUCGUCAUCUUCACUUUCAUCAACAACAGCAGUACAAGAACAAACAACCGAACUAAGGUUUAUUCAUCAAUAG